AUGAAAGACUACGAGAGUCUUGGCCACAUGUCGCCAGUCUCCGUCCGUCAACCCGAGCCAAAGCAGGUAGCCUACAUUCCACACCACCCAGUAGUUCGGGACGAUUCUUACAAAAGAAUACGCAUAGUCUUCAAUGCAUCAAGAGCCAAGACAAAAUCCGCGCUUUGCAAAAGGGCUCAAGAGCUCGAGAGUAUUUUGUCAUCAGCAGGCAUGGAAUUAGACAAAUGGGCAUCUAACUCAUGUACGCUGUUGAGCAGAUUGAGCCCCAAGACUCUCACAUCUGUCGAGCUUCCGACACAUGCGGAUGCACUUGCAUCAGUUCUAGGCAUGCUCUGGGCCCCCGAGUCGCACACCAUGCUCUUCAAGAGUCUGUGGCUCCACGGGUUAGACUGGGACCAAGCUCUACCCCCAUCAAUUACACGGCUCUGGCAAGAAUUUCCAUCGGAACUCCCGAGAGUCAGCCAACUUCGCAUUUCGCGAUGGAUCCGAGCUGACUCUUCGUCUCAGUGGGAACUGCACGGAUUUUGUGACGCGUCUGAAAAGGCCUACGCAGCUGCGGUUUAUGCAGUUGUGCACAACAAAAGCACCCCAAGAGCUUCCUCGACCGUACAUUGCUGGUCCGAUUCGCAAAUUGUCUUGGCAUGGCUACGCGGUCAUCCAUCACGUUGGAAAACAUAUGUUGCUCAUCGCACUAGCGAAAUUUAUACGCUGAUACCUCAGGCAAUCUGGCACCACGUAGUCUCUAGGGAAAAACUGGCCGAUUGUGCUUCGAAAGGAGUUUCAAUCGAUACCUUAGAAACUUCAACGCUUUGGUGGCACGGGCCUUGCUGGAUUACCGAGUCGCCAGAUAUCUGGCCAACCAUGCCACUCGAUCCUUCCACGGAAUUAGAAAAAAGAAGCACCUCAGCGUUUCUAACAAUUAACGCUCAGGAUAAAAUCGACUGGAACGAGUGGCUCAGCCGAUUUUCCUCGAUUCAAAAGUUAAUUCGAAUCCUGUCAUACAACACCCUCAAACCCCUAGAACGACGGCUAACUUGGCUUUUAGUCCGAAAGAUCCAUGUUGGCCGGGUCUGCUUGUGGCGUUUAGUGCAAAGACUUACCUUGCAUGACGAGAUUCAAUCUCUGUCAAAUUCCGAAGAGGUAAGGUCAUCGAGUUGCUUAAAAAGGCUCAACCCCUUCCUUGACAUACUUGGUUUGAUUAGAGUCGGUGGUCGUCUACACAAGGCUGCCUUGACAGAAACUGAGAAACACCCCAUCGUACUACCUGCUAAGCAUCAUGUAGUCCGCUUGCUGGUUCGAGAUACACACCUCUUCAUACUUCAUGGAGGCCCCUUGCUUACACAUAGUACCUUGAACCGUCAAUUUUGGAUCCUACGUGCGAGGAAUCUCGUUAGAGGAAUAGUACGAUCGUGCACCACAUGUGCUCGGUUUAAGGCGCGAACCAUCUCUCAAAUGAUGGGCGUCCUUCCUGCUCCUCGGACACAACCAUCGCGACCUUUCACACACACGGGCGUUGAUUAUGCCGGACCCUUUUGGUUUAAGGCUUCCCCCAGUCGUGGUCGAAAGGUCAUGAAAGGCUACAUCGCGGUCUUCGUGUGUCUUGCUACUAAAGCAACGCACAUUGAAGUAGUCUCUGACUAUUCCACACCGGCGUUUUUAGCAGCAUUUCGCCGCUUCGUGUCUCGCCGAGGACUUUGUUUACACAUGUACAGUGACAACGGCACCACUUUUCAAGGCGCCGACGCCGAACUUAGCCGCUUAUUUGAAGAAACCUCUGCAGUAGGUCAGCAAGCGGCUUCCUCCCUGGCCAGUGAAGGAGUCAGCUGGCACUUCACGCCACCUUACGCACCGAACUUCGGCGGACUCUGGGAGUCUACUGUCAAGGCGUGCAAACAUCAUCUCAAGCGCGUGAUUGGAGAGGCUCUCCUUACCUAUGAGGAGCUCACUACGCUUAUGAGUCAAAUUGAAACGAGAAAGAUCGAUGCUGUUGGAUUGUUGCUGUUGACUCUGCGACAGAAUGAGAGUUUCUUGGAAUAUUCGUAUACCCAUCAGUUAAAGCUGAAAAAAUAUACGAAUAGUGUAUUAAAGGCUGUAAGAAAGCAGUUGUAA